UUACUUUCACAAAACAACAAACAGGUUUGGUCUUCAUGCCGCUCACUUUAGAAUGUAAAUCUACACUUCGGAACAUAGAGCUCUUUCCCAGUAGUAUUAUCGAAAAGUAAACCGAAAAUGAGAGCUUCUUAUAAGCCAUUUUUCUUGGGAAUUGUAUUCACUUCAAUCACUUGGUGUAUUGUCUUAUAUCUCUACAUUUCACUUAACCCUAAAAGCAACAGCACGGCACUGCAACAUUACUCGUCGGCUUUUCCCUUCAUUGUGACUGUCAAAGAAGUAAGUAGAACGCUUCCCAUUAUCAUAGACAACGCGCUGGAUGAAGUUGAUCAAGACAGAAAUAAGGGAAAUAUAGGCAAUAGUUCAAAUGUUAAAGCCAGUAACCCUGCUGUGAAGCAACUAGAAACCAAUCUUGGUUUAGUUAGAAACAGUGAUGACCAGAAGAUCAGAGAAGAAGGUUAUAGCAAGCAUGCCUUUAAUGUACUUGUGAGCUCAAGGCUGGACUACCACAGAGCCAUUCCCGAUUCUCGGCAUAAAAUGUGUCAAUCUCAGACAUAUCCAACAUUGUAUCUAAAUACCAGUGUCAUAAUUUGCUUUUACAAUGAAGAUCCAAACACUCUUUUUAGGACUGUGCACUCAGUUCUUGAUCAAACCCCUAGUGAACUGCUCCAUGAAAUUUUGUUAGUUGAUGACAACAGUGACACAGGAAAAAUUCAUGAUGAAGUACAGGACUUUGUUGCCAAGAAUUUCCCUCCGAAGGUGCAACUUCUUAAAACUAGCAAGCGCGAGGGUCUAAUUAGAGCACGAAUAUUUGGCGCAAAAAAGGCCACAGGACAAGUAUUAAUAUUUUUAGAUUCACACUGUGAAGUGAAUAAGGAAUGGGUUCAACCUCUCGUAGCAAGAAUUCAAGAAAAUCGAACGUUCGUCGUCACUCCAAUAAUUGAUAUAAUCAAUUCUGACACAUUCCAGUACACGUCUUCGCCUUUAGUUCGUGGUGGGUUCAAUUGGGGUCUACAUUUCAAGUGGGACAGCUUACCGGAUGACUCUCUUAAGUCGAAUGAAGAUUUUGUCAAGCCAAUAUUAUCACCGACAAUGGCUGGCGGAUUAUUUGCUAUCGAAAGAGAAUAUUUUUUUGACAUUGGAGAAUACGAUGCAGGAAUGAACGUUUGGGGCGGUGAAAACCUGGAAAUAUCUUUUAGGAUUUGGAUGUGUGGCGGAAGACUAGAGAUAAUUCCUUGCUCUCGUGUGGGGCAUGUUUUCCGGCGUCGCAGGCCAUAUGGUAGUCCCAACGGCGAGGAUACCAUGACGUACAAUUCACUACGUGCGGCCCACGUUUGGCUCGAUGAAUAUAUUGAACACUUCUUUCACGUACGCCCGGAUGCUAGACAUAUAACUUACGGAGACGUUGGACCCCGUCAGCGUUUGCGCCGACUAAUGAAAUGCCAGUCGUUCGAUUGGUACCUCAAAAACAUAUAUCCGGAACUAGCAAUUCCUGGAAAAGAAGGCAAUAAGACAUCCAAGAAAGAAACAAAUAGUAAACUCCAGGCGCGGCGUAUGUACCAUAGGAAAAACUAUAUUGCAACGUACCAAGUUAAAUUGUCGGGUAGUAAUCUUUGCGUGGAAAGUGAGAAAGAAGUGACUUCGAAAGGUUCUGUAUUACAAAUUGGUGUAUGCGCAAAAACAAAGAAACAACUAUGGUCCGUGACAGAUAAAGGAGAAAUGGUACUGGCCCAAAUGCUUUGCAUGGAAUCACCCGAAAGUUCUAAACAGAAACCCAGGCUCUCUAAAUGCCACGAAAUGGGCGGACUCCAAGAGUGGAAACAUCACGACGAUAUAGACACACCUGUUUACAAUAUUGCAGCUGGUUUGUGCCUCGGAAUCUCAAACUCUGGCAUUGAAGAUUUCGCAAAUCCGGUACUUGAAAACUCUUCUGUUGUUAUGACAGUUUGUACUGAUUCAUCAGCUGCCAAAUGGGAUUUUGUGAAAGUUCCUUAACACUAAUCCUAAUCGCUUUAUAUUCAAUUUGUUUUCUUUAUCCCACCUGCGGUCAGUAAGUAAAUUGUAAAUAAUGGCUACACUUUUUUUUAAUGAAUAUUCCCCAAAUAAAAAGUAAACAAUAUUAUUUUA